UGCACUAAAGUAGUUGUGCUCCGAUAGUGGACGGAGUGGACAGUGUAGUGCGCGGUCGGUAGGGAUUUGUUAGUUAGUUGGUUGAUCGGUUGAUUGAUCGGUCGGUCGGUCAGUCGGUGAAUUGGUGAGUCGGUGGAUCGGACAGUUGAUUCGCUGUUUAUCUUUUCAUUGUCGUCGUUUACCGGAAAGCAACGUCGGUCACCGUUUGCGAGGUGUAAGUGGCAAGACGACGGAAUCAAAACGAAGAAGAAAAGAAAGAAUGUACAAGAAAAUGAGAUCAAUAGAGAGAGAUCUUGGGCGGUGAUUUCAUAAAACGGGAACAGCACAUCUCAUAGAAGACGAAAGAGAGAGAGACGGAGCAAGAGAGUGUGUGUGGUGCGCCACCGACAAGUGCACGCGAAGCGUACAAGUUACGCGCGUGUACGACAUACGUACUAACGCAGGCGCAGAAUACAGUGCUGCACCGACCACGAGGGCGGAAGAAGGUGAAACGGGAUCCGCGAGGAAGGGAAGGUAGUCUGUUCGAUUUGUCGACUUGGCUUGCUUGCUAAAGGGCGGUUUUAAAUCUAGAGCGUUGCGACUGGAAGCCGAGAAAGAAAAGGACUAGAAGAAGAAACAAGGAAAAAUACACAAUGAUCCUUCACAUGUACGGAGUUUUUGUGUAUGUUGCAUAAUGUUGACUUAAAAAAAAAAAAAAAACAGGAAGAUAGUAGAACAAAAAUCAAUCGACUACUGCUCUUUUUCUCAUUCUCUCUCUCGAUUUCUACCUUUGCUCGAUGAGCUACGUCGCCGAAAGUAGGUCAAAGAUCGAUUCUCGAGCUGACGAGAGUCGUGACCUCUCCAUACACCGUCGCUGAUUACAAAGUGACCCACGCGCGUAGUAGUACUAUUCCGCUAGUAGUAGUACGCCAGUCACUGAAGCGCGGAAGUUGUACUCAAGAGAAGGAGGUGGAAGCGGUCGCAGUAGCGUGGGUGGAGAAACGAUCGAUCGGGCAGAGAAUCAUCGUCGUGAGACGAGGAUGGAGUCGAUUGACCGAUAGAGAAGGGACCGAAUCGGCAGUUUUUUCUAAGAUCAACGUGACGCAAAAAGAGAAAAAGACAGAGAGAGAGAGAGAGAGAGAGAGAGAGAGAGAGAGAGAGAGAGAGAAAAGAGAGAGGGAAAAAGGAAAAAAAGAGAGAAAAAACUGUCACGUGAUUAAAGUACAUAGACGUUUACGUCUUUGUCAAUGCUAGUCGUUCGCGAAAUCAUCAUCACACGUAGAGUAGAAACAUCCUCUCGCGUCUUGAAAGAACACACUGUGUCCGCAUCUGGGCGGCGUAAAUCGCAAAGUACAAAAAGAGAUCAGAAGCACCAUAUUGUUAUUGUCAUCGCUGUUAUCAUUGUCGACCAUAGUCGGAUGCUGAAGCACGAAGUCAAAAACGAAACAAAGAUCGAUUUCGAGAGAAGACACGCGUCGAGAUUCCGGCGUGUGAAGCAACAUCUCCCUCCCUAUCUGACUGGUAUCUAAAUAAAAUCCCUUUAAAAGAAGCAAACGACUCGCUGUGACAAGGAAACGCUUGUUGACUAAAUCACUAGACAAUCACAGAUAUUUGAGCUGAUAUGAAUGUAAAAAAAUAUAAGGAUAAUGAGAAUCAGAAGAAUCAAGAACCGUUUGGUCAUCAUGCGUGACAAACAGAGCGUAAAAUUUUAGAAGUUUUGAAAAAAAGAAAUGAGAAACUGCACUGCCGAAAAGGACUGACCAAAUUGCUGCCAAGUCGUUAAGAGACUUACAUACAUUUUACUACUCGCACAAAGCGAUCGUGAAAGAUUCUAUCAAAAGAUUGAAGAAGAAGAACGUAGCAAACACUGAAACAGAACACCGAUAAGAUUAAGAUCCUGAGACUAAAGACAAAAAAACAGCAAGAAGAAGAGAUCGGAGAAAUAAGAUAACAAGGAGGUUCAAAUUCGCGUACAGGUUCUCUAUAGAAUGUCACGGGACCCUUAUUCAAGCAGUAGUGGUGUGGUCGGUCCUGGUGGUGGUACACGUUCGCCACGCAGCGGUCGUCGCAUGGGCGAACUGCCGACUGUUGACCGUAGCCCGUCACGCAGUUAUGCAAGUGGUCGUGGCAGUCCUCUCGGUGGUCGCAAGCAAAGGGGAACACGCAGCGGCAAUAACUCGCCAGAACAUCUCGGUUACGGUAGCGGUGGCAGCUACCAUCACCAUCAGCUGGGUAGUCCGUACUACUCUCGCGACGAAGACCUCGGCAGUCCCGUGAUGCUUGAGGAGAGGGGUAGAAGCAUGUCGACUGGGGGCGGUGGGGGUGGACAUCACCGAUCCAGAAGCGCCUCGCGACCCGCCAUGUCCAGCUCGGCGGGCAUGGUAGCGCGUUACACCAGUCUUGACCGUGCUUCUGCCGGCGUUUUGGAUCAUGAUCGGGAAUUUGUGCCAAUACGCGAACCGAGCCGCGAACGUAGCCGCGAUCGUGGUCUCUAUUUGGAAGACGAGCUGUACGGUUCGAGAUCAGCGCGGCAGAGCCCAAAUCCGCACAUGCUGCGCGACAGCGGUGGCUACAUCGGCGAGCUACAGCAUCAGAACAAUGAUCUGCAACGUGAACUCGGCAACUUGAAGAAGGAGCUCGAACUGACGAAUCAGAAGUUGGGCAGCUCGAUGCAUAGUAUUAAGACCUUUUGGAGUCCAGAGCUAAAGAAAGAACGGGCGCUGCGCAAAGAGGAAAGCACCAAAUAUAGUCUCAUCAAUGAGCAACUGAAACUGCUUAACUCAGAGAACCAGGUCAGUAGAGACUGGCUAUUCUAUCUUCACAUAAUACUUACGUUGUAG